AGUUCAGGGCCAGGACUGAAGAGGGAACCGUUGGAUUCCCUGUUCGGGAUUUAUCUGACUUUUUUUUAUAACGGUACACACGGAGAAGAGGUGUGUGUGUCGUGUGUCCUCUCUCUCUCUCUCUCUCUCGGUGGGAACACACAUCAGGGAUUGUAGCCGUCCGGAUUUAAAUCGGGACGUUUACAAAUGAAUGGAAAUCACCACCGAACAGGACCACCACCCGCCCGGAGCUCGCCCGAUGCCCGCUGUAAUUUAGCUCCCGGUUAACACCGGCACGCGUCUGCCCACCGAUUGACUUCACCAGCGCCGGGCAGCAACAUAGAGAAGAAUGGAGGCGUUUUUCGCAGAGGGGGCCCGUGUGUGGAUCAAGGAGAAGGAGCAGCUGGUCCCCUCUACUGUCAGCUCCUGUGGAGACGGAACCCUGGUCCUCACUACCGACUAUGGAGAGGUGUUGUAUCUCCAGCAGGCUGAGGUGACUAGAGAGAGAGUGUACGCUAUGCAUCAGUCCAGUAUAGAUGGGGUGGAGGACAUGUCCACUCUGGCAGAACUACACGAAGCUGCCAUCAUGCACAACCUCUACCAGCGCUACCAGAAGGACAGCAUCUAUACCAACAUAGGCAGUAUCCUGGCAGCGGUGAACCCUUAUAAACAGAUCCCAGGCAUGUAUGACCUAGAUAGAGUUGAGCUGUACAGUCGACACCACAUCGGAGAACUCCCGCCCCAUAUCUUCGCUGUAGCCAAUGAGUGUUACCGCUGCAUCUGGAAACGACACGACAGCCAAUGCGUCCUCAUCAGUGGGGAGUCGGGGGCUGGUAAGACAGAGAGCACCAAGCUGCUGCUCCAGUUCCUGUCUGUGAUGAGCCAGAACUCUGCUGGGACGCCUCCUUCUGAGAAGACCACACCAGUGGAGCAGUCCAUCGUUCAGAGCAGUCCUAUCAUGGAGGCGUUUGGGAAUGCCAAGACAGUGUACAACAACAAUUCUAGUCGCUUUGGGAAGUUCAUCCAGCUCCAUUUCUCCCAGAGCGGGAACAUCCAUGGUGGAUGUAUCGUUGACUAUUUACUGGAGAAGAACCGCGUGGUGAGACAGAACCCUGGAGAACGGAACUACCACAUCUUCUACGCCCUUCUGGCCGGAGCCAACAAGGAACACAGGGAGCUGUAUUUCCUGGAUGACCCUCCUGAGUCAUUCCACUACCUCAGCCAAUCAGGCUGUCUCAAAGACAAGAGCCUGGACGAUAAACAGCUCUUCAACAGCGUCAUGGAGGCGCUGAAGGUGAUGGAGUUCACUGAGGAGGAGACCAGAGACGUGUUCAGACUGCUGUCUGGAGUCCUACAGCUGGGCAACAUUCAGUUCAUGACCGCGGGAGGAGCGCAGAUCACCACCAAACAGGUGCUCAGUAAUGUCAGUGAGCUACUCGGGCUGGACUGCUUCCAGCUGUCUGAGGUGCUGACGCAGAGAUCCAUGAUCCUCAGAGGAGAAGAGAUAUGCUCUCCGCUCACCAUAGAACAGGCGGUGGAUUCCCGGGACUCUGUCUCCAUGGCUCUGUAUUCUCAGUGUUCCUGGAUCAUUCUCCGGAUCAACCAGAAGAUCAGAGGGAAAGACAACUUCAAGUCCAUCGGAAUACUGGACAUCUUCGGCUUCGAGAACUUCCAGGUGAAUCGGUUUGAGCAGUUCAACAUCAACUACGCCAACGAGAAGCUGCAGGAGUACUUCAACAAACACAUCUUCUCCCUGGAACAACUGGAGUACAACAGAGAGGGAGUCCAGUGGGAAGCCAUAGACUGGAUGGAUAACGCUGAGUGUCUGGACCUCAUAGAGAAGAAACUGGGGAUGCUAGCAUUGGUCAACGAGGAGAGUCGCUUCCCCAAAGGGACAGACUUCACACUGCUGGAGAAACUACACAGCAGGCACUCUACAAACCCUUACUAUGUGAAGCCUCGACUGGCUGACCAUCAGUUUGGCAUCAGGCACUAUGCUGGAGAGGUUCUGUAUGAUGUCACCGGGGUUCUGGAGAAGAACAGAGAUACAUUCAGAGACGACAUCCUCAACAUGCUGAAGGAGAGCAAACUGGACUUCAUCUAUGAUCUGUUUGAGAGAGUGGGCAGCAGGAACAGUGAGGAGACUCUGAAGAUGGGAACAGCCAGACGCAAGCCUACCGUCAGCUCACAGUUUAGGGACUCUCUCCAUUCCCUCAUGGGCACUCUGAGUGUGUCCAACCCCUUCUUCGUGCGCUGCAUCAAACCCAACAACGAGAAGAACCCCAGCGUGUUUGACCCGGAAGUGGUUCUGAACCAGCUGAGGUAUUCUGGAAUGUUAGAAACCGUUAAGAUCCGCCGGGCCGGCUUCCCUGUCCGCAGAACCUUCAAAGACUUCUUCAGCCGGUAUCAGAUCAUUCUACAAGAGAAGGGAGGUGGAGCGGGGGAUGAUAAGAAGAGGAGUACAGACCUGCUGACCAAAUACGACCGUGCCAAGAAGGAGUGGCAGCUGGGAAAGACCAAGGUGUUUAUGAAGGAGUCUCUGGAACAGCGUCUGGAGAAAGAGAGAGACGAGGUUCGCCGUAAAGCAGGCAUGGUCAUCAGAGCCCACAUCCUCACCUACACCGCCAGGAAGCACUUUAAGCGUGUGAAGGGGAGCGUCAUCACCCUCCAGGGGUACCUUCGUACCCACAUACAACGGAAAUGGUUUCUACGGCGAUGCUUGGCGACGCGGGUACUCCAAAAACACAGACGAGGACAGGUGGCCCGCGCAAGCUGCCACACUCUCCGAGAGGAGAGGAGGAAGCGAGAGGAGGAGGAGAGGAAGAAGAGAGAACAGGAGGAGGGAAAGAAGGAGGGAGAGGUAGAAGGAGAGAAGGGGGGAGGAGUAGAAUCAAAGGCUGCUCAGGGUUCUGAGAAGAAGGAAGGAAAGACGGAAGAAGAGGCCCGUCAGAUGGAGGAGAUCUUGCGUAUAGAGUUGGAGAUCGAGCGCCUACAGAAACAAAGGGAGGAUGGGGUCUCCCAGCUCUGUGAGUCCUCCAGGCAGGAGCUCCGGCUACGCCGGGACGCAGAGAUCAAGAGGCUAAAGAAGGAGGCCUCUCGUAAAGCCACAGAACUAAUCGACCUCCUGGACUUUGGAGGUCUGGAUCCUAGUUUAGCCACCGCUGCUAGUGCUAGUGCAGAGGAGGGCCCAGCCAUUGCCACGGCCGUAACCCAGGAGGAGGAGGUGGACGAGGGCUUCCAUGCCGAGGAGGAGUGCACUGUCCCUCUCCUCCCAGACUUCCCUCCACCACCCGAGGCUGACGCUGCCCUGGACCAGGAUAUGUUCGCCCACCUGCCUCCCCCUCCACCUGCCUUCGCUGAGGGCUCUACUGCUACACCACCUCCCCCUCCCCUCGAUUCAUCCUCAUCCACUCCCAUCCCUCCCCCGCCUCCCCCCUUACCAGUUGAAGAUGGCUCUGCCACCCCUCCCCCACCACUGCCUCCCGGAGAGGGGGAGGGAAAAGGAAAAGAGGGGGAGAAAAAAGAGGGUGAUGGAGGGAGGACAACGAGUAUCUUGAGCCUCGGAGAAGGGGAGGAGCCGAUCUACAGCAUGCCGGUCGACAGCGGCGAAUCAGAUUACGACGAGGAGGAGGGCUCUGUCACCGCGGGAGACGAUGGUUCCGCAUCCGGGCAGAAUAGCAACAGAGGCAGCGCGGCCAUGACAGAGGAAGAAGCUCUGAGGAAGUCCACGUGCACCAACGCCAGCAUAGAGUCAUACAGGGGCAGCUCUGACUCAUACAUAGAGAGUGAUGAUGAGCAUGAUGAGCUGUUGGACACAGAUGAGGAGGUACACAACGGCAGGGUCACUCUUCUCAACGGGAACGGACCUCCGUACUUCCAUAGCUACCUCUACAUGAAGGCUGGUCUGAUGAUUCCAUGGCGCAGGCGGUGGUGUGUGUUGAAGGAUGAGACCUUCAUGUGGUUCCGCUCCAAACAGGAGUCCCUCAAGUCUGGCUGGCUCCAUAAGAAGGGAGGAGGACUGUCCACUCUGUCCCGCAGGAACUGGAAGAUGCGAUGGUUUGUUCUGAGGGAACACAAACUGAUGUACUUUGACAGCGACAGCGAGGAGAAACUGAAGGGAACCAUCGACAUCCGCGCCGCCAAAGAGAUCGUGAACAACCAUGAGAAGGAGAAUGCGUUGAACAUCGUGACAGAUGAGAGGACGUACCAGGUGUUUGCUGAGUCGCCAGAAGACGCCAGUGCGUGGUAUAACAUCCUCAGUAAGGUCCAUGUGUAUACUCCCGAGCAGCUGAUGGAAAUGUCUCAUGAACAGGCCAACCCCAAGAACGCUGUGGGAACUCUGGACGUGGGGCUGAUUGACUCAGUCUGUGCCUCUGACAACCCAGACAGGCCCAACUCCUUUGUGAUCAUCACAGCGAACCGUGUGAUCCACUGUAACACUGACACUCCAGAGGAGAUGCACCACUGGAUCAGCCUGCUGCAGAAACCUAAAGGAGACGCCAAGAUAGACGGACAGGAGUUCCUGGUUAGGGGUUGGCUCCAGAAGGAGAUGAAGACAGGAACUAAGAGUAAUGUUCUGAAGCUGAAGAAGCGCUGGUUCGUGUUAACCCAUAACUCCCUGGAUUACUACAAGAGCUCUGAGCGAAACUCCUCCAAGAUGGGGACCCUCGUCCUCAACUCCCUCUGCUCUGUCUUUCAACCUGAGGAACGAGUGCACAGAGAGACAGGGUACUGGAACAUCGUAGUGCACGGUAGGAAGCACUCGUAUCGCCUCUACACCAAGAUGCUGAAUGAAGCUCUGAGAUGGAUAGCAGCCAUACAGGCAGUGAUAGACAGCAAGACACCCAUAGAAACACCGACACUACAGCUCAUCAGAGAUAUCAAGGACAGCAGUCUGAACCCUGAGGCAGUGGAGCAGACCUACAGGAGGAAUCCCAUCCUCAGAUACACUCAGCACCCUCUACACUCCCCCCUACUGCCACUACCCUACGGAGAAGUCAUCCAGAGACAGCAGGGCUAUGCCAGUCUUCAGGAUGAAGCGAUCCGAGUGUUUAACUCUCUUCAGGAGAUGGAGACUCUGGCAGACCCUGUUCCUAUCAUACGGGGGGUACUGCAGACCUGUCAGGACCUGAGACCUCUCCGAGACGAGGUAUACUGUCAGGUGAUCAAGCAGACCAAUCACGUACCUCAGCCCAAUCAGCCCAAUCAGCGGGCUCAUUGGCACCUCCUCACCUGUAUGAGCUGUACCUUCCUCCCAAGCCGGACCAUCCUCAGAUACCUGCGCUUCCACCUCAAAAGGGUGCGAGAGCAUUUCCCCAACACAGAGAUUGAGCGUUAUUCUGCUUUUAUCAAUGAGUCUCUGAAGAAGACCAAGACCAGGGACUUUAUUCCGUCUCAGGAGGAGAUCGUGGCUCUACUGGUGAGGCAGGAGAUGACAACUACAGUCUACUGCCAUGGAGGAGGCUCCUGCAAGAUCUCCAUCAAUUCACACACCACCGCUGGAGAGGUGGUGGAGAAGUUGAUCCGCGGCCUGGCCAUGGAGGACAGUAGGAAUCUGUUCUCUCUGUUUGAGCACAACAAGGUGACGGACCGAGCUCUGGAGAGCAGGGUCAUAGUGGCUGACGUCCUCGCCAAGUUUGAGAGGCUGUCAGGGACUGAGGAGGAGGAGGAGGAAGGACAGUGGAGACUCUAUUUUAAACUUUACUGUUUCCUCGACAUGGAGAGCAUGCCUAAGGAGGGGGUGGAAUUUGCUUUCAUGUUUGAGCAGGCCCAUGAGUCUCUGAUCAGUGGUCACUUCCCGGCCCCAGAGGAAACUUUGCAGCAGCUAGCCGCUUUACGGCUACAGUAUCUCCAUGGAGACGGGGCCAGCCGUGCUGGGUGGAGCCUCGGUACUGUUUACCCAAUGGGGCGCCUCCGCUCGCGCAUCUUCCACUCCACCAAACAGGGAGGCGUGGCAGGAGGAGAGGCAGGAGGAGGGCAGGUGGGAAGUGUCAAGGGGGACGGGCAGGAUAGAAGGAGAACCCCCAGCUUCCUGGAUGGAAGUCUGAGGCGCAGCUUCAAGACGGGCUCGCUGAAGAAACAGAAGGAGGAAGAGGGGCAGCAGGUAGAGAUGUGGGUGAAGGAGGAGACAUCGGCCACCAGAGCCCAUGUUCUGGAUAAAUGGACCAAGUUACAGGGACUCCCCCAGCACCAGGCUCUGCUCAAAUACAUGUCCAUUGUCAAAGAGUGGCCCGGAUAUGGCUCUACACUGUUCGACGUGGAGUGUAAGGAAGGAGGCUUUCCCCAUGACCUGUGGCUGGGUGUGAGUGCUGACAACCUGUCUGUGUAUAAGAGAGGGGAACCCAAACCUCUGCAGACGUUCCAGUAUGAGCAGAUCACCUUCUUUGGAGCUCCACAACCCUGCACCUACCAGAUCACUGUCGACGGCAACGACUUGUUCUUCCACACUCCAUUGGUGAUGGAGAUUGCUAAGAUCAUGAAAGCCUACAUCAACAUGAUGGUGAAGAAACGCUGCAGCAUCAUGUCUGCUUCCAGCGUCGCCAGCACCUUUGUCAGGUCUACAAGGGUUCGAUGCCAAGAUGGAGAGGCGGACAAAUAAGAUGAAGGGAAAACAGGAAGAGAGAUGAAGAUGAGGCAUGAAGAAAUCAGAAGGAAAUAUGGUCUCAGUGGGUUCAACCAGUACUCCAAAUUCUCUUGAUAUUUGAACACUGUACUGUAUCAACUGCCUGCCUUCUCUUCACCUCUGACCUUUCACACACACACACACACACACACACACACACACACACACACACACACACUUAUUGUCUGUUCUAUGCUCAGCUUACCCCUUUUUAAACCAUUCAUCAUAAAAGCCAAAACGGGUCGCCAAAUAUUGUGCACAACGUCACUUAUUUCGUAUAUGUUACGUCCUGCUAAAAAAAAAAAAAAUCCUGCAAUUUGUAUGAUGUUACAAAUUGCAAUUCGUACAAUAUGUUAUGAAUGUGUAAGUGCUUAAGAUCCUGUUUAAUCUCUUUAACCGUUUGAGGAGAAUACAUGAAACUGGCCUUAGAUCAAAGUUUUGGUACAACCUGUUUAUACAACAUUAUCUGCCCAUGUAACACAGGUCAUUAAACAUUGUGUUGAAUGUAAUGAACAAAGUAUUCUACGAAUGCUUAGCUAGAACAAGUUCUGCGCUGCUUGGUGAGUGGUGCAGUGCUGAACAUGUCUUGCAGUGCUGAACAUGUCUUGCAGUGCUGAACAUGUCUUGCAGUGCUGAACAUGUCUUGCGGUGCUGAACAUGUCUUGCAGUGCUGAACAUGUCUUGGAGUGCUGAACAUGUCUUGGAUCUAUCGUUAAUGUGUCCAGUGCACACCUGUACUCCAUCAAACAAUAAACUUGAAUAGAUGUAUUGUCCUAAUUUAAACCAGAAUUGUACUUAAUGAUGCACUGCAGAAAUCCCUCUGCCAUUUCCUGCUUGCUAAAAUUCUAAUAGUUCACCUAAUUUCAGUUUGUGACAAAGCAAGUAUAAUUUAGAGAAUCAUUGUACCAUCUAAACAGCUGUGGAAUAUGUUUUCCAUACGCUAAGCAUAGAAAUAUUGCACAUACAACAGGUCUGCCGCUUCUUAGACUUGCUUUCAAAGAGUGACAGAUCAAUAACUCACAUUUCUAUGUGAAUUUGGUCUGGUUGCCCAAAAAGUUACUUAUUGUAGCUUUAAAUAGGAGGGUGUUCAGAAGAGUUGAAUUCUCAAAAUUGCAGAUAGAAAUGUACCCUAUCAUAUAGAAUAUACACACCUUGUACAAUGAGACAAAGAAUGUCAGAUCUAAGUAAUACAUUUCUACCUGUGACAGCUUUCUCAUUACAGACACCAGCUACUUCCGUUAGAAUCUUGUCAGGCCAAAUUAAGCAAUUGUUUUAUUGAUGUCAAGUUGUGUAAUAAACUACCCUUUGUCUGUU